AUGGCAUUACCACUUUUGCCUGUGGAUAAGAAAAUGUUGAAAAUAGUUUGCCAGUGGAAAGCUGAAGAAUAUUCCAAAGAUAUUUCCAGUACUCCAAGGACCAAAUGCAGACAUCUUGUCCGUAAACAAUGUUAUUUGGUGGACUCGUGGACAAACAACGUAUUGGAAGUUAGCCAUCAACACCUCCGCAUGCACAUGGGUAAUAUACAUCAACCAGAACCAUGGGUGUUUUUAAAAGGGUUAAUUACAUACUCAAGUGGUGUAUUGGCCGAUUACAAUUUGGCAAUUGAUGGUAUCCAGGUCAGGGAACCACAACGGCAAAUCUGGAUAGACCACCAGCGAAACCUCGAUUUGGCUUCUAGGCUGUUAGCUGAAGGGCGUUACACAGUAUCUGAAUUUUUGGCAUUUGAACCAAUCAUAUCUGAAAGCUGUUAUAUAUGCCAUUACUCAAUGCCCACUGUCAUAGCAAUACCAUGUAGACAUCAAGGAUUGUGUGCUCCUUGCCAUCAAACAUACAUAAGGAUGCCACCAUACAGAACAAUACCAUACUACAGAUGCCCUUUAUGUAGAGGAGAAAUUACAACAUAUUUCAUAAUUGUUUGA